AUGGUGGCUUCCGGGUUUGUGAGACUGGUGGAGGAGUAUGGGCUGUAUGCGGACCGAGUGUUUAGGCGGCAGGGUGGGUUAAUUACGUCGAGUGCGUCAUGGUGCAAGCCCCCUGCUGGGGUGUUGAAGGCGAAUUUCGACGCACACCUUAGUCCUAAUGGUGAGGUGGGUCUCGGUGCGGUCUUUCGGGACUCGGUGGGACAAGUGGUGGCGAUGGGGGUGAAGCGUGUGGAAGCGAAAUGGGAUGCUACCACCGCGGAAGCAAUGGCAGCAUUGUAUGCCGUGGACCUGGGCCAACGCUUUGGCUAUGAACGGGUGAUGUUCGAAGGUGAUGCAUUGCUUGUAGUGAAUGCUGUCAAGAACAAAUGUGUAGGUGGGGCUCCUUUAUUUCAUAUUUUUAGUGACAUUAAUAGAUUAUGCUUAAACUUUGUGUCAUUUUCUUUUUCUCAUGUCAAACGAGGGGGCAAUACUGUAGCCCAUCUGUUAGCUCGUUGGGAUUGCUCUAGACAAUCUGAGGUUGUAUGGUUUGGUUCUUUUCCCCAAAGUAUUUCUACUUUGGUUGCUCUUGAUUUAAUAUAA